AUGAACGAAGUACUUAUGGGUGACUACAUGAGGAGACCUAAACCUCUUCUGACUGUUCAGCCUGAACCAUCACAGAUAUUGAUUGGAGAUACAGUCACUCUCACAUGUGACAUACAGGGUGAAGGAUGGACAUACACAUGGCAGUGUGGAGGUAGAGAGCAGGCCUCUAUGGAGAAAGAGUUCAACAUCACUGCAGUGUCCACGCAGAAAUGCAGGUGUUGUGUCAAGAGACAAUCAGAAACCUCUGAAUGGAGUGAAGAAGUGACUCUGACUGUGUUGUUUACAGACAAACCCAAAGUAAGUGUAAAGCCGCAGAGUUCAGUGUUCACUGGAGACACAGUUACUCUGAGCUGUGAUGUGGGACAGUCAACGGGACGAACGGUUUUCUGGUUCAAAGACUUCGAGAGAAUAAAAGCUAGUGAUGAUGUAGAAAUACGGAGUAAUGUGAGUAUCUCUGAUGGAGGACAGUAUAGGUGCAGUGCACAAAAAGGAAAGUACUUCACAACUCAAAGUCGAAGAGUUGUGCUAACAGUAAGUGAGAGACCCAAGCCUGCGUUGCGUGUUGAUCCUGAUGAACAUGUGUUCAGAGGACAGACGGUCAUUCUCACAUGUGACAUACAGGAGACAGACGUCAGCAGCUGGAGCUACAUCUGGAGUAAAGAUGAUUCAGAGAUUGAUGUCAGUCAGUCACAGGAAUACAGAAUCAGUUCUGUUAAUGAAUCUCACACGGGUCGUUACAGCUGUACUGGAAGAGAAACAGGAGGAUCACGAUCCUCACACACCAGUGACACAGUUACACUCACUGUAUCAGCUCUAUCGUCUGUGGUCAAACUGCUCAGUUCUCUGCUGGUAGCUUCUCUAUAUCUGCUAGUGUCCAUCAUACUGGGAGUCAAGUGCUACAGAGCUCAUGUUCAGACUGCUCAGUAUGCUGUUACGGAGGAGUGA